GGCAGGACGGUAGCUCGCCCAAAGUCUGGGGCUAGCUAGGGCCACACGUUGGAGUCUAGGACGAAAUGGGGCACACACGUACACAGAGAGAGUGUGUAGAGAGAGUGGAGUGCAGUGCAAAGACUAGCUUGGAAAGUAUCUCGGUACCUUUUGGCGGGUCCUUAGCUCGCUAGGCGGUGCGAGUAAAGCAGAGCUAGUCUGGUGGGCUGGCCGUUCUUGUCGUUUCGAAGUCCAAGUGUCGUAGGCCGGCGUGCGUUAAGUUUCCGAAACUAGCAGCAUAAUGGGGGUAUGAGGGGGUAUGAGGGGGGGAGAGGGGAGCCACUCUCAGGAACACGCUAUGCGGAUCGUCGAGGCAGAGAGGGCUUCUGGGCCUGCCGGUGCCUGGAUGCAGGUUCGUUGCAGGUGCAGAUUUCUGGUCCUUUACCUAACAGGUAUGUGGCCGACUGCCGAGCGUGGUGGCCAGGGGUGUGUGUGGUGGUGGUGGUGGUGGUGGUGGUGGUGGUGGUGGACUGCAAGUUGCGUCCGCUGGCUGCCCGCAAUGAUGGAAUGCAGGUGCUGAAAAUGGCGUGCCUUUAUCUCUCUCUCUCUCUCUCUCUCUCUUGUCAAGGUUGCUAUUACUUUCUUUCGUCGUCCUCGCUCAACCUGACUCGGCAAGCAAGCGCACGGUCCCUCUCAAAGUCUCCACAGGCGAUAGAUAGAAAGAGAGUCGAAUUAGAAAAAGAAAGGAAGAAGCUAAUGGAGGGGAGAACAGCUGGACAGGAAACCCGGAGAGUCCUUAUGAGAUGGCCGGUUUGCCGUGGGAAAUUCAAGUCUUUGCUUUUCUUAUUUUAUUUUUGCAGCUCGUCAGUCGUCGUGGGUUUUGCUGGCGUGUCUCCAAAGCUCUGAGAUCGACCGAGACAGUGAGACAAGCAGACAGACGCGCGACAAGUGUCGUCAACCCUGGUAGUCCGGUGAGUAGGGCUGGAGCUGUGGAGAGGCAACGGGUGGCGGAAACUCAACACGGGGUGACGUUUGUGUUUGUUGACGUUUGUCGGGAUCACCUUUUUGACCUAGGACGUCUGUUUCUCUGUCUCUUCAGGAAUACAAA